AUAUAAAAAACGUCAGCAGAAAUACAAUAUGAGGUGCUGCUCUGCAUAGCUGACAACUAUGAAGUCAUGCACAUAAAUCUAAACUGAGUUUUGAAAUUAAGUCCUCUGUCCUUUCUUUCUCUUUCACUCUGUGUUGCCUUGCCACAACUACACUCCACCUCUCACAGUACACACUCUCUACUCUACUCUACUCAUCAUCCAUAGACCAUAUAGUUCCCCAUCCCCAUCCAUAUUCCAUACCAGUAAGUAAGUAACUCACUCCCAUAACAUUAACAUUUAAUUUAACACACCCCACCCCUCUCUCUCUCUCUCUCUCUCUCUCUUUAGUGGGCCAAAACUUCCAUUUUUAUCAUUCUCUGCACUCUCCAAAAACCUUCUUCAUUUUCACUCACCAACACAAAUCAAUUCAAACAAAGGGAAGAGCCCCAGAUGAAAUCACAGUCUCUGUAACCCAUCAAAUGAGUUUGAGCUUCUCCAUCUCUUGUUGGGGGGUGAAUGGGGUGCAUGGUGUCUCAGCUAGCCGCGAAAUUCGCAUUCUUUCCGCCGUCGCCGCCGACGUACCAGCUCAAGAAGAACGAGGACGGCAAGCUCACGGUGGUCUCCGCGGCGGCGCCGAUUCCCCACGCCGAUGACACCUCCCUCGACGUUCUCCUUGUUGACACCAAGCACGGGAACAAGAUUGUGGCGUUUUAUCUGAGAAACCCCUACGCGCGCCUCACUCUGCUUUAUUCUCAUGGCAAUGCCGCUGACUUGGGUCAACUCUAUGAUCUCUUCGUGCAACUCAAGGUCAAUCUUAGAGUUAAUCUCAUGGGAUAUGACUACUCUGGAUAUGGGGCAUCUACUGGCAAGCCUAGUGAAUCCAGCACAUAUGCUGACAUAGAGGCAAUAUAUGAAUGCCUUGAAACUGAGUAUGGAGUUAGCCAAGAAGAUGUAAUCUUGUAUGGGCAAUCAGUUGGAAGUGGACCAACACUGCACUUGGCUGCUAAAUUGCCUAGGUUGAGAGGUGUGGUUCUUCACAGUGGCAUUCUUUCUGGUCUUCGAGUGCUCUGCCAUGUGAAGUUCACAUUUUGCUUGGACAUUUAUAAGAACAUCAACAAAAUAAAGAAGGUCAAGUGUCCUGUACUUGUAAUACAUGGUACAGAAGACGAUGUUGUCAAUUGGUUACAUGGUAAUGGACUUUGGAAGAUGUCAAGGGAGUCAUAUGAUCCCUUGUGGAUCAAAGGAGGUGGUCACUGCAACUUGGAGCUUUACCCCGAUUACAUCCGCCAUCUUUGCAAAUUCAUCCAAGAAAUGGAGAGCAUGACAACUGAGAAGCGCCUCAAAAAGAUUCGGCAAAGUGCGAACCAAUCCAAGUCAAACACUGGUUGCACCUGUAGUAGAUGCUGUAGAGUGAAGUGUUGUAGAGUUAAAUGUCCUGAAUGCUCUAAUUGCUGUUGCUGCAUGAAUGUUUCCUGGUCUAUCAACUGUCCUGAAUGCUGUUGGAGACCUAGCUGCAAGUGUUGCCGCCUCCCCAAGUUCCCUAGUUGUUUCAGAUCAAUCUGCCGCACAAAAUGGUCGUGGCCUAGCUGUUGUGCAACAAAAUGUUCAUUGUCAUUGCCUAGCUGCUGCUGCUGCUGCUACCCGAAGCGUGCAAGACCAAGUUGCUGUUGCAUGAAUUGUUUCUGUUGGCAAUGUUGUGUAGGAAAACACAGUGAUGGCACAAAUGGAAAACAGAAUGGCUAAUGGUUAAAACAUGGUUGUAUAGAAUGGCCAAGUCUUGCGAACACACCCUUCAAUAUUGUGCAGUGGUGUUAGUGUUACAAAGAGGAAGAGGAAAUAGUGGAUGAUAAUUGUAGGAAAGUGAUAUGAUCCAGUGUCCUCUAUUAUUUUUGGUUUAUUUGGAGUUAUUCCUGAAGUUCUAUUGGAAUUUUUUACUCAUAAAACAUUGGUGUUUUAAUUAACUUUCCUGGCAGGGGAUGAAAGACAUUGUUGUAUCCUUUUAAAGUUUUGAAGUGCACUUGUCUUGGUGUCUAGACUCUAGUAGUAGUAGUAAGACAACAACCUUGAAUAGUCUUUUCAGUGAUGUCACCUUCACAUGUGUAUCUAGCAGCGACAAUGGAGUUACGGAGUUGCAGGAAUUGGGUAAGCUGAUAAUUACGAGCAUUUUCAUU